CACCAGGCAUUGAUAAACCAGACUACCUUGCGACUGUGGACGUGAAUCCGGAUUCACCUACGUACAGUAAGGUGAUCCACCGCCUGGAGAUGCCGUACAUGAAGGAUGAGCUGCACCACACGGGGUGGAACGCCUGCAGCUCGUGUUUUGACGACCCUAGCAAAUGUCGCAACCGCCUGAUCUGUCCCGGUCUGACGUCCAGCCGCAUAUACGUCAUUGACACGGGAACCAGUCCAAGAGCUCCUCGAAUUCACAAGACAGUGGAGGCGUGUGAACUACUGGAGAAGGUGAGGCUUGCUAACCCCCACAACACACACUGUCUGGCCAGCGGGGAGGUCAUGAUCAGCACUAUAGGGGAUCCCUGUGGAAAUGGUAGAGGAGGCUUUAUUUUGCUUGACGGAGAUACCUUUGAGCUGAAGGGAACGUGGUGUGAGGAGGAAGACGACACGGAGUUCGGGUACGACUUCUGGUACCAGCCCAGACAUAACGUCAUGAUCAGUACGGAGUGGGGACACCCCAAACUGUUUCAACACGGCUUCAACCCUCAACACUACAAGGAUGGUCUGUACGGACAGAGCCUGCACGUGUGGGACUGGACAACUCACAGACGCAUCCAGGACAUUGACCUCGGCCCAGAGGGCGCCAUCCCAUUGGAGGUCAGGUUCCUGCACAACCCGGACGAACCGCAAGGGUACGUGGGCUGUGCUCUGGGCAGCAGUGUCUUCAGGUUCUACAAAUCUUCGAAAGGUGACUGGGCCACAGAGAAAGUGAUCGACGUUGCGAGUAAAAAUGUGGAGGGCUGGGCCUUACCUGAGAUGCCAGGGCUGAUCACGGAUAUUCUGAUCUCCAUGGAUGAUCGGUUCCUGUACUUCAGCAACUGGCUACACGGUGACGUCAGACAAUAUGACAUCACUGACCGCAACCACCCGAAGCUGGUUGGACAGCUAUUCCUCGGUGGCAGCAUCUGCAAGGCCAGUCCUGUGCGCGUGACCCAUGACCCGGAGCUGGAGGAGCAGCCCGACCCGCUGGUGCUGAACGGGCGGCGCAGGAAGGGAUCCGCCCCGCAGAUGCUGCAGCUCAGUCUGGACGGGAAGCGUCUGUACGUCACCACGUCUCUGUUCAGCAGCUGGGAUAAACAGUUCUAUCCGGACAUGAUCAAGGAGGGUUCCCUGAUGUUUCAGCUCGAUGUGGACACAGAAGCUGGAGGGCUGUCCCGGAACCCUGCCUUCCUGGUGGAUUUCGGGCAGGAGCCGCACGGACCCGCCCUGGCACACGAGGUGCGCUACCCGGGCGGGGACUGCAGCUCCGACAUCUGGUUAUGAAGCUCCGAGUUAGCCCGAGUAGGUCCACAGUAAAGGCGGUGUCACGUUAAGGUGCAUUCACAUAAGUCGUGCGAUCAUCGUGCGAUCGCUAACUUCGGGAAUUUUGGAGGACAAAAAUGUAUGUUUCCUCAGCUGUCAACUGAGGAGACGUCUUGGUACGCAACUUUCUUGGUACACAAAAUGCUGUUUUGGAUCCAUGUCGGUGGAUGGUUCUGUCACGAUCUGCUUGAAAUUCCUA